GGCCCCCGCGGGGCGCCGCGCGAUCCUGUCCCAGUCCCGGGGUCCCCACCGAGUGCUCCCUGGGCCAUGGACGCUGCAGAGCCGGGGUUACCCCCAGUUCCUGAGAGCAGGAAGAGGUACAGUGACAUCUUCCGGAGCCUGGACAACCUUGAGAUCUCACUGGGGAACGUGACCCUCGAGACGCUGGCUGGAGACCCUGCCCUUUCGGGAGACCCGGAGCCUGACAAGACCCCUGCAGCCGCCCCAGUGACCGGUGAGACCAGCCAUUGGAGUGGCCCCUCCCCGGAGGGUCCUGCACCCCUUACAGGGGAGGAACUGGACUUGCGGCUCGUUCGGAACAAGGGUGGUGUAGACGCAGCCCUGGAGUACGCCAAGACUUGGAGCCGCUAUGCCAAGGAGCUGCUGUCCUGGACGGAGAAGAGAGCCAGCCUUGAGCUGGAGUUUGCCAAAAGCAUUAUGAAGAUCGCUGAGGCUGGCAAGGUGUUAAUCCACCAGCAGCAUCCUCCAACACCCCCACCGCAGAGCCACAUGCCACUGCAGUACAUCUACACCAUGUUCUUGGAGCACGACCUCAGCCUGGGAGCCCUGGCGGUGGAGACGGUGGCCCAGCAGAAAAGGGACUACUACCAGCCCCUGGCUGCCAAACGGACUGAGAUUGAGAAGUGGAGGAAGGAGUUCAAGGAGCAGUGGAUGAAAGAACAGAAGCGGAUGAACGAAGCGGCGCAGGCGCUGCGGAGGGCCCAGCUCCAGUACACGCAGCGCAGCGAGGACCUGCGGGUGCGCUGCCAAGCGUCCCCGGAGGACCCACCCCCCCAGGCCUUGCCGGGACCCAGCAAGCAGCAAGAGCGGCGGCGGCGUUCUCGAGAGGAGGCCCAGGCCAAGGCACAGGAGGCAGAGGCGCUGUACCAGGCCUGCAUCCGCGAGGCCAACUCGAGGCAGCAGGACUUGGAGGCCACCAAGCAACGCAUCGUGUCGCACAUACGCAAGCUGGUGCUGCAGGGGGACGAAGUGAUGAGGCGGGUGACCCUGAGACUGUUCGGGCUACGGGGGGCCCAAGCAGAGCAGGGUCCCCGCGCCUUUGCAGCCCUGGCUGAGUGCUGCGCACCCUUCCAGCCGGGCCAGCGCUACCAGGAGUUUGUGCAGGCGCUGCAGCCGGAGGCCCCGCCACCCCCACCACCUGCCUUCUCUUUCAAGGAGUUCAUGUCUACCCCGCACAGCUCCCCUCUGGACACGAGAAAAAAGCUCUCUGGCUCAUUGCCUCCACGGCUGGAAGAGAGCGCAGCUGAGCCAGGCCCUUGGGAGGACACAGGCCCAGGCUGGCAGGGGACUCCAGGCCCCACUCCAGGCAGCGAUGUGGACAGCGUGGGCGGUGGCAGCGAGUCUCGAUCCCUGGACUCCCCCACUUCUAGCCCAGGCCCUGGUACGAGGCGGCUGGUGAAAGUCUCAUCCACAGGCACUGAGUCCUCAGAUGACUUUGAGGAGCGAGACCCUGACCUGGGAGAUGGGCUCGAGAACGGAUCAGGCAGCCCCUUCCGGAAGUGGACUCUGUCCAGCGCAGCGCAGACCCACCGGCUGCGGCGGCUGAGGGUCCCAGCCAAGUGCCGAGAGUGCGAGGCCUUCAUGGUCAGCGGGACCGAAUGUGAGGAGUGCUUUCUGACCUGCCACAAGCGCUGCCUUGAGACUCUGCUGAUCCUCUGUGGACACAGGCGGCUCCCAGCCCGGACGCCCCUCUUUGGGGUCAAUUUCCUGCAGCUGCCCAGGGACUUUCCAGAGGAGGUGCCCUUUGUAGUCACCAGGUGCACAGCGGAGAUAGAACAGCGCGCCCUGGGUGUGCAGGGCAUUUAUCGGGUCAGCGGGUCCCGGGUCCGGGUGGAACGGCUGUGCCAGGCUUUCGAGAAUGGGCGAGCAUUGGUGGACCUGUCAGGGAACUCACCUCAUGAUGUCUCAAGUGUCCUCAAGCGGUUCCUCCAGGAGCUCACUGACCCCGUGGUCCCUUUCCACUUCUACGAUGCCUUCAUCUCUCUGGCUAAGACCCUGCAUGCAAACCCUGGGCAUGACCCUGGGACCCUCAGCCCCAGCCCUGAGGCUAUUCACUCGCUGAAGGCCCUCUUGAUGCAGCUGCCUGACUCUAACUACAACACCCUGCGGCACCUCGUGGCUCAUCUGUUCAGGGUGGCUGCGCAGUUUGAGGAGAACAAGAUGUCUGCCAACAACUUGGGCAUUGUGUUUGGACCGACGCUGCUGCGGUCCCCGGACAGCGCUGGGACAGCCUGCACUGGUUCUGUUACCUGCCUCCUGGACUCUGGGCACCAGGCCCAGCUGGUCGAGUUCCUCAUCGUAAACUAUGAGCAGAUCUUCGGGAUGGAUGAACUCCCCCUGGCCACUGAGCCCCCACCUCAAGACCCCAGCCCAGCCUCUGAGCCCCUCACGACCAGCUCCCAGCCACCGCCCCCAUACCUCGCCCCAGAUCCCCUGCCCCCAACCCUACCCUCAGAUCUGAGUCCAGACCCCGAGCCCCACAGUGCCCUGGAGAAGCAUCCCGAGGCUGUGUCCCCUGAGAUUCCAGCUCUACAGAGUGACCAGAAAGAAGAAGUGGCCGAAGAUACCAAAGAUGAGAGAGGGGAAGCAUCAAGCCAAGGCCCCGAGGACUCACUCCUGGGGACACAGUCCCGUAGCUACUUCAGCCGCCAGCCAGUGAAGUAUCCCCGGGGGGGCGUGCGACCUGUCACCCACCAGCUGUCCAGCUUGGCCCUGGUGGCUUCCAAGUUGUGCGAGGAGACCCCUGUCACAUCAGGGUUCCAAGGGAGCUUGCGGAGGAAGGGGCUGGGUCCUACUGCUGCUUCCCCCGAGGACAGCCCCCUGCGCCGCACCCCGCUGCCCAAGCAUUUUGAGAUUACCCAGGAGACAGCCAGGCUACUCUCCAAGCUGCACACAGAGGCUGUGCCCAAGGCCACCAGCUUCCCGGACCCCCAGCCUCAGGAGGAGGAAGCUGAGGACCACCUCUGACCAUCCCAGCACUCUGACCUAGUGGCUCAGGACUGAGGGGAUAGACCCACGUCUCCCCAGGAGUUGGAUGUUGGGGGUUCUGGAGAGUUCCUAUAAGGAAAAACCACAUGGCCUGGGGGAAGACUAAAACCCUUUUUGGCACGAUGUACCAGGCUCCCCCCGACUAGACACAGGUCACUGGCGAGCAUCAGGGCCACUCAGGUUCAGAGGACACUCAGGGCCCAUACUCAGGUUCAAUAUAGGUCACAGGAUUCUUGGGGUCCAUCCUUGUCUCUGACCCCUGGGAUAGGGGUGCCUUUUGCCACUUUGGUUGUGACCACUUCCCCACCUCCGCCUGCCUCCUUAGCUGACCCCAAGUGACCAGCUCUUGGGGUGGGGGAGUGACAGUCCAGACAGGACCUCUGGUUGUCACU